UUUACUUCUUAUCACCGGCAUCGUCGCUCAAGUUUGAGUCGCCCCAAGUCCGGGCGGCAGAGACAAAGCCCCGAGCUUGCCCCCAGACGCAGGGAGCCUCCGCCUUGCUCCGUGCCCCUGCAGCUCCGCUGCGCUGCUGUUUCUCGCCCAGUGCGGAUGCUGUAGAUCAACAGGUUCGGGAACUUAGCGGAUAAGGAGAGACUGCCGGGUGCCGCAGCCCGGGAGCGGAGGAAGGAAGGACCCACCGCCUGUGUCUGGCUUCGCCCCCGCAAGGAGCGCGGGGGCUCCAGGCUGGCUCGCACCCAUUCUCUCGCCCCUCCAGUCCGGUUGCUCCUGCUCCCACCCCACCGGUCUGGGAUGUACCUUUCCAUCUGUUGCUGCUUUCUGCUCUGGGCCCCUGCCCUGACGCUCAAAAACCUCAACUACUCCGUGCCGGAGGAGCAGGGGGCCGGCACGGUGAUCGGCAACAUCGGCAAGGAUGCUCGACUGCAGCCCGGGCUUCCUCCCGCAGAGCGCGGCGGCGGCGGGCGAAGCAAGUCCGGUAGCUACCGGGUGCUGGAGAACUCGGCGCCACACCUGCUGGACGUGGACGCCGACAGCGGGCUCCUCUACACCAAGCAGCGCAUCGACCGUGAGUCCCUGUGCCGCCACAACGCCAAGUGCCAGCUGUCCCUCGAGGUAUUCGCCAACGACAAGGAGAUCUGCAUGAUCAAGGUGGAGAUCCAGGACAUCAACGACAAUGCGCCCUCUUUCCCUUCGGACCAGAUUGAGAUGGACAUCUCAGAGAACGCGGCCCCUGGCACCCGAUUCCCCCUCACCAGUGCACACGACCCCGACGCGGGUGAGAAUGGGCUCCGCACCUAUCUGCUCACGCGCGACGACCACGGCCUCUUCGCGCUAGACGUCAAGUCCCGCGGCGACGGCACCAAGUUCCCAGAGCUGGUUAUCCAGAAGGCACUGGACCGCGAGCAGCAGAACCACCACACACUCGUACUGACUGCCCUGGAUGGCGGCGAGCCGCCGCGUUCCGCCACUGUGCAGAUCAACGUGAAGGUGAUUGACUCCAACGACAACAGCCCAGUCUUUGAGGCGCCCUCCUACCUGGUGGAGCUGCCCGAGAACUCCCCCCUGGGCACCGUGGUCAUUGAUCUGAAUGCCACUGACGCCGACGAGGGUCCCAACGGCGAAGUGCUGUAUUCCUUCAGCAGCUACGUGCCCGACCACGUGCGGGAGCUGUUCUCCAUCGACCCCAAGACCGGCCUGAUCCGCGUCAAAGGCAACCUGGACUACGAGGAAAAUGGAAUGUUGGAGAUCGACGUGCAGGCCCGGGACCUGGGGCCCAAUCCCAUCCCUGCCCACUGCAAAGUCACUGUCAAACUCAUCGACCGCAACGACAAUGCGCCGUCCAUCGGGUUCGUCUCUGUGCGCCAGGGGGCGCUGAGCGAGGCCGCCCCGCCAGGCACCGUCAUCGCCCUGGUGCGGGUCACUGACCGAGACUCGGGCAAGAACGGACAACUGCAGUGCCGGGUCCUGGGAGGAGGUGGGACGGCCGGCAGCGGCGGCCUGGGCGGGUCGGGAGGUUCUGUGCCCUUCAAGCUUGAGGAGAACUACGACAACUUCUACACGGUGGUGACUGACCGCCCUCUGGACCGGGAGACACAAGAUGAGUACAACGUGACAAUCGUGGCGCGGGACGGGGGAUCCCCUCCACUCAACUCCACCAAGUCGUUCGCGGUCAAGAUUCUGGACGAGAACGACAACCCGCCUCGUUUCACCAAGGGACUCUACGUGCUGCAGGUGCACGAGAACAACAUCCCAGGAGAAUACCUGGGCUCGGUGCUCGCCCAGGACCCCGACCUGGGCCAAAACGGCACAGUGUCCUACUCCAUCCUACCCUCACACAUAGGCGACGUGUCCAUUUACACCUAUGUAUCUGUGAACCCCACCAACGGGGCCAUCUACGCCCUGCGCUCCUUUAACUACGAGCAGACCAAGGCUUUUGAGUUCAAGGUGCUUGCUAAGGACUCAGGGGCGCCUGCACACCUGGAGAGCAACGCCACUGUGAGAGUGACAGUGCUAGACGUGAAUGACAACGCGCCGGUGAUCGUGCUGCCCACGCUGCAGAACGACACCGCUGAGCUGCAGGUACCGCGAAACGCUGGCCUGGGCUACCUGGUGAGCACUGUGCGCGCCCUUGAUAGCGACUUCGGCGAGAGCGGGCGCCUCACCUACGAGAUCGUAGACGGUAACGACGACCACCUGUUUGAAAUCGACCCGUCCAGCGGCGAGAUCCGCACGCUGCAUCCCUUCUGGGAGGACGUGACUCCUGUGGUGGAGCUGGUGGUGAAGGUGACUGACCACGGCAAGCCUACUCUGUCCGCGGUGGCCAAACUCAUCAUCCGCUCGGUGAGCGGCUCCUUGCCCGAGGGGGUUCCCCGGGUGAACGGUGAGCAGCACCAUUGGGACAUGUCACUGCCGCUCAUCGUGACUCUGAGCACUAUCUCUAUCAUCCUCCUAGCGGCCAUGAUCACCAUCGCUGUCAAGUGCAAGCGAGAGAACAAGGAGAUCCGCACUUACAACUGCCGCAUUGCCGAGUACAGCCACCCGCAGCUGGGCGGGGGCAAGGGCAAAAAGAAGAAGAUCAACAAAAACGAUAUCAUGCUGGUGCAGAGCGAGGUGGAGGAGAGGAACGCCAUGAACGUCAUGAACGUGGUGAGCAGCCCCUCCCUGGCCACCUCCCCCAUGUACUUUGACUACCAGACCCGUCUGCCCCUCAGCUCACCCCGGUCGGAGGUGAUGUAUCUUAAACCAGCCUCCAACAACCUGACUGUUCCUCAGGGGCACGCGGGCUGCCACACCAGUUUCACCGGACAAGGGACUAAUGCGAGCGAGACCCCUGCCACUCGGAUGUCCAUAAUCCAGACAGACAAUUUUCCCGCAGAGCCCAAUUACAUGGGCAGCAGGCAGCAGUUUGUUCAAAGUAGCUCCACGUUUAAGGACCCAGAAAGAGCCAGCCUGAGAGACAGUGGGCACGGGGACAGUGAUCAGGCUGACAGUGACCAAGACACUAACAAAGGCUCCUGCUGUGACAUGUCUGUUAGGGAGGCACUCAAGAUGAAAACUACUUCAACUAAAAGCCAACCACUUGAACAAGAACCAGAAGAGUGCGUUAAUUGCACAGAUGAAUGCCGAGUGCUUGGUCAUUCUGACAGGUGUUGGAUGCCACAGUUCCCUGCAGCCAAUCAGGCUGAAAAUGCAGAUUACCGCACAAAUCUCUUUGUACCCACAGUUGAAGCUAAUGUUGAGACUGAGACUUAUGAAACUGUGAAUCCCACUGGGAAAAAGACUUUUUGUACAUUUGGAAAAGACAAGCGAGAGCACACUAUUCUCAUUGCCAAUGUUAAACCUUAUUUAAAAGCCAAACGUGCCCUGAGCCCUCUCCUCCAAGAGGUCCCCUCAGCAUCAAGCAGUCCAACCAAGGCAUGCAUGGAGCCCUGCACCUCAACGAAAGGCUCUCUGGAUGGUUGUGAAGCAAAAACGGGAGCCCUGGCGGAAGCAAGCAGCCAGUACUUGCCCACUGACAGUCAGUAUGUGUCGCCCAGUAAGCAGCCAAGAGACCCUCCCUUCAUGGCCUCCGAUCAGAUGGCAAGGGUCUUCGCAGAUGUGCAUUCCAGAGCCAGCCGGGAUUCCAGCGAGAUGGGUGCCGUUCUUGAGCAGCUUGACCACCCCAGCAGGGAUCUGGGCAGAGAGUCGGUGGACGCGGAGGAAGUCGUGAGAGAAAUUGACAAGCUUUUGCAGGACUGCCGGGGAAAUGACCCUGUGGCUGUGAGAAAGUGAGGUGGGGGUGGGGGGAGCAUUGGCAUUUUCUUGUCUCUUCUUUGAUUUAAAAAUGAUCCCUCCUGGUGACAACCUGGUUUAUAGGGAUGAAGAAAGACCAAUGCUGCUUUAAGGCUUUGAGUGAACAUCUGAAGUGCCCACAAGUAUGUUCUUUUCACUGCUAUUUCUUUUUCAGAGAUAACAAUGGUUUUGUUUUGACCAAACUUACAUUAGGACAGGAUUAAUGAUUCUCAAAGAGGAAAGAAAAACAGAGAAGAAAAAAGGAGAGAAGAAAAAGGAAGAUGAGGAGGCGAGUUACCUUUUGACAAUCUGUUAGGAAGGUAUGCAGUGUGAGAAUUGAAGUAUUUCUGAUCACUCUAAGACUGUCCUCUGUGAUUUAUGCUGACUUAACUGUUUACCUAUAAACCCCAAUCAAAGCAGGGUCAUAAUUUGUGAUCUGUGGUGGAUUUCUAGCAGCUAUCACAGGUUUCUACUGAAAGUCCCGAAAAGACCUUGCAGUAGUCCAAGCUACACCAAACAUUAACACGUAUUUGUGGUAAACAUUUCUGUAUAAAGUUACCUGCCACACAUAUAAACACAAAGAACAUUCCAUAUCAUUAGUUGAAAAAUCUUUUAAAAAAUACUUGGUCAUUUGUAAGACACCUCAUGUCGUAUAAAAGUUAAGUGUAAAAAGAUAUAGUCCAUUUUGUCCUGCACACACAUAGACUAAUUCACUUCAUUAAAGAAAAAGAAAAUUUAAAGAUUUAAAAAUGCCUCUUUAGCAUUUUAGUGUCCAACAAACAUACAAAUAAUAAUAGAUAUGUUUUUAAUUUGACCUAGAAAGGUUCUGAAAAAUAGUUACCUUUGAGUAAUGAUAUUCAGAGAAAAUUAACAUGAUUAAUACGUUUUACUCAUUUGUGGACACUAAAAUAGCUCAGGAAAGUGAAAAUGUCUUAGACAUCUACAAAUCACAUGACCAUUUAAGUGUGCAAAUGUAAGAAGAUUCAAUGUGUUUACAUCAAAUGACAUAUUUUUAUUGAUUUAUUGCAGAUUCAGUGCAUAUGAGCCAAAUUGUUGAGUGUUUAAGAGCUAUAUUGUGUAUUUUAUUAAAUUAAUAUAUAGUUGUGUUGCAAAAAUAUUUGGGCUUAUAUUGUAAAUGGCAAGUGUUGCCUCGGUAGCUGUCGAACUCUAUGAGUUUUGUUUUUUCCUGCUUCCUUUUCCACAUGGAGUGUGGGAAGCAGUGCCUCAGAGCAAAGUCUCUUGUUUAAUGUAUAGUCUACCAAGUACUACAGUACAUAAUCUGUUCAAAAUGUGUUUGAGUGAGCCGAUGGAGCUAUCUGAAAGGUCAAAAACUACAUCUGUCAGUCAUGGUUAUGUGCAAGUCCUUGUAGAAGCUUUUAUUAAAGUCAUGCUAAAUCGCAAGAAUUACAUUUGUACCAAUACCUGAAACUUCUCAUGUUUUCUCAAUAACAUACAGUUUCUGACUAUGUAGAUAUCA